AAUAAAAUAUUUUAUUGUAAGAUUUUAAUUUUGAUAAAUUAGUGUAAGCUGUAGAGUUUUGCAAUACAUCAACUAAGAUAAUCUAAAAAACUAUUUCUUUCAUUUGUUAGGAUAAAUCAACGGAGGAAAUAAACAAUAUUUUGAAUCAUUAACUCUUUCAACGCGUAGGGCAUAAUUCGAUACAGAAUCUAAUCCCACCAAAAGCAACCAAAAAAAAAAAAGUAAGAGAGAAAGUAAUUGUUGAAAAAUAAUUGAAAGAAGACAAAAAUAAAGGGGCCAAUAAUUCAGAAGUGCAUCAAUGAUGCCAUGUCCCACUAGCAUCAAUAGAUCAGUUUUCUUCAAAAAAAAAAAAAAAAAACUUGUACGAGCACAAAAAGGAAAAAGUAAACGUGUGAAUUGGAGGCGUUGCUCCCAACUCCCAACAAAAGGAAAAGAUGCUUGGUCCUUGUCUAGUUGUCUUCCACUAAGGAUUUGAACGAGUAAAAUGAUAAUAAUGAUGAUAAAAGAGAAUCUAAAGAAAUUAAACAAGUCUUUGAUCAAACUUUUCUUUAUAGUUUCAAUCAGUCAUAAAGAUUUCAAGCACAACUUCUCAAUAUUUGUGGAUACUUGAAGCUCUUUGUUCAUUUGAAACAAGCUUGGUUUCUACUUAAGUUUUCUUUGGACUCAACAAAAAAAAAAAUCUGUGUGGAUCGAAAUAAAAAGCCCGAUUUUGGAUCCUGAAAAUUCAUAUUUCCUAGGUAUAUUUGUCUCUACAAUAAAAGAAGCGAAAAUAGUAUAGCUGUAUAAUUUUUGGUUUCUUUGGUUUCUAUUUUUUAUUUUAUUUCAUGCUAUAUCUAUUCUGAUUUGCAUUUUUUAACUCCAAAAAAAGAACAUAAAAUUCAAUGUUCUUAUAAUCUUAUUGUCACUAAUCUUUAUUUCCUUUUUCUUUUAAUUUCUAUUAAGGAUGUCCUAGACUGGUUAAAAAGGGCAGAGAAAGAACUGGAAGAAACCCAGUGUCUGAAAGCUGAAAUAGAACGUAUGAAGUGUUUCAAUUGGUGUCCAAGUUGGGGUUGGCGAUAUUGCUUAAGUAAGAAAGUGGCAAAGAAGACGAUCUCUAUCGAUAAACUACUUGUGAGUUGUAACUUUCCACGGGUGGGGCUCCGUGCUCCUCUAGAAGGAAUAGAAUUCUUCACCUCUAAAGAUUUCAUGCCUAAUGAGUCUUCAAAUUUUACUUUCAAUGAGAUCAUCAAGGCUCUAAACACUGAUGGUGUGAACAUGAUUGGAUUGUAUGGAAUGCCAGGGGUAGGCAAAACAACUUUGGCAAAAGAAGUUGGGAAGCAUGCUAAAGAGCAAAAUCUCUUUGACAAAGUUGUGAUGGCUACAAUGUCCCAAGCGCCAAACCUCAGCAAAAUUCAAGAUAAAAUUGCAGAAUUAUUAGGUUUGAAAUUUGAAGCAAGCACGAAAGAAGGAAAAGCAGAAGAGUUAUAGCGGAGAUUGCAAGGCGUGGAGAAGAUCCUCAUAAUUAUCGAUGAUGUUUGGAAUGAAUUUAAAUUGCAGACUGUAGGUAUUCCAUUCGGAGUUGAACACGGGGGUUGCAAAGUUCUUCUGACCACACGUCUUUAACAAGUCUGUGUUCGUAUGAAUUGCCAACAGAAAUUUAAACUUGACAUCUUAUCCGAGGUGAAGCAUGGGCUUUGUUCAAAGAUACUGCUGGUCUAAAAGAUGCUUCUUUGAGAUUGAAUGAUGUAGCCAAGGAGGUUGCUAGUGAAUGCAAUGCAAUUGCAACAAUCGGAAAAGCAUUAAAAGGUGCAAGUCUAGAUGGGUGGAAAGCAGCAAAUAAGCGACUCAAGGACUCAAGACAUUUAGACAAUGAAGAGGUUUCUCAAGGUAUCUACAACUGCCUUAAGCUGAGUUAUGAUUAUUUGAAGGGAGAUAAUAUUCGAACAUGUUUCUUGCUAUGUUCCCUUUUUCCAGAAGAUUGGGACAUUGAUAUUGAGUUGUUGGUUAUGUUUGCAAUUGGUCAUGGAUUAUUUUCUCAUAUUUACUUAAUUGAAGACUUGCGGAGAGAAAUUCGUGAAGCACUAAGAAAACUCCAAGAGGCUGGUUUGUUAUUGAGAACUGAUGAUGAUGAUGAUGAAAGAUAGGUAAGCAUGCAUGACGUGGUUCGUGAUUUUGCUCAUUGGAUAACAUCUACGGGGAAAAAUAUAUUCAUGGUAAAAGAGGGGUUGAUGGAAUGGCCUAUAAGUGAAAGAUGUGAAUCCCGUACAUCAAUCUCCUUUUGGAACAGCAAAAUAAAUAUUUUUCCUGAAAAGUUAGAAUUUCCAGAACUCAAAAUUUUGAUUUUUACAAGAAAGACUUUGGUGGAAGUCGCGAUUGCAUUUGUUAAAGGAAUGAAAGACCUCCGAGUUUUGCUUCUCCAAGAUGUCAUUUUCUCACUAGAAGUACUUAAAUUCGUAACAAAUCUUCGAACUCUGUGUCUAGUAAAUUGUGAGUUGGAGAACAUCUCAUCGUUGGGAAAUUUGAAAAACCUUGAGAUUCUUGCAUUUUCUGAUACUAAUAUUUAUGAGCUACCCGAAGAAUUAGUGGCAUUGCGUGGUCUAAAAUCGCUACAUUUUUUUUACUCAGGAAGCGAACAGAUCAAUUUUCCCCCUAAUUUACUAUCAAGGUUGACAUCACUCCAACAGCUACACGUGACUUGUGAAAACAAUGUUAAUUUAUCAGAGCUGAAUUCAUUGUCUCGAUUGACUGCGCUAUCACUGAGAGUUUCUACUGCUCAAUGUUUUACAGAAAAGUUUGUGUUCCCUAAAUUACAAAGCUACAUUAUAGCUAUAAAUGAAGAUCUUCAAUUUAUACCGGAGCUAAAAUUGAGAACCUUGAACAUCGGACGUUUCUCAUUUCAUUUAGUGCAUUGAAGGAGUUGUUUUGCAACGUGGAAAAGUUGAAUCUGGAGGAUGUCAAGGGACACAAAAAUAUUGUCCCAAACGUAGAUCCAAAGGGCCUAAAUGAAUUAACUUCCCUUGAGCUUGGAGAUUGCGAUGAUAUGGAAUGCUUGAUGGAUACAACAGGAGAGAAAGAAAGAACCACUGCAUUCUCUAAUUUGGUGAAAUUAAGAAUGGAGGACAUGACUUGUUUGAAAGGAUUGUUAAGAAAAUGGGGUCCAGUCCCAUGUAAGUGGUUUUGG